UUGACCGGAAAACUCAAGAACAAUGGGCAGCUUAGCAUCAUGUUUGGCAAUGCAGGGGACCUAUUUGCGAUCAAUCCGCAAUUCACAAAACCCACAAGAAAGAAUCCCAGAAGUGAAAGGAGUCAAAUGACAUGCACAACUGCAUGAUGAAGAAAUUCCAUCUGCAAAGAGAAGAAAAGGUAUUUUUCCGAGAGAGAGGAACUUCCACCGCUUGAACGUUCUUCGGCUUCUUCCUUACAUUCUUCCUGUUCCAACACAAUCCCAUAUUCGUAGCAGACAGUUGCUGUCCCAUCCAUCUUAUAGUUAUAUUUAUAUAUAACAAUGGCUGAAUCCACAAUGAGCAAGAAGAAACUAGAAGGCAAAGUGGCCAUAGUCACGGGUGGUUCUAGUGGCAUUGGGGAGGCGACCGCACAUCAUUUUGCCAAGCAUGGUGCACUUAUGGUGGUGAUUGCUGAUAUCCAAGAAGAACUAGGCCAGCAGGUUGCCAAAUCCAUUGGUUUGAACCAUUGUACAUACAUAUGCUGUGAUGUGACUAAUGAAGAGCAAGUCAAAGCCAUGGUAGAAUGGACGGUCAACAACUAUGGACACCUUGACAUCAUGUUUAGCAAUGCAGGGAUUUAUGGUAGGUCAGAUCAGACCGUACUUGACCUCGACUUGUUGGCCCUUGACCACCUAUUUGCGAUCAAUGUGCGUGGCAUGGCCGCAUGUGUAAAGCAUGCAGCGCGUGCUAUGGUUGAAAAGAGUGUGAGGGGGAGCAUUGUGUGCACCGCAAGUGUAUCAGCAAGUCGUGGUUCAACUAAAUGCACUGACUACCAUAUGUCCAAGCAUGCAGUGCUUGGGCUUGUUCGGUCAGCAAGCAGGCAACUAGGGGAGCAUGGGAUUAGGGUGAACUGCGUAUCACCCUCUACAGUCGCAACUCCUAUGGCAUGCAAUGCACUUGGAAUGGAUGUAGAACAGUUGGGGAAGGCUUUUGAGCCGCAUGCAAGCUUAAAUGGACUUGUGCUAGAAGUUGGACAUGUGGCUGAUGUUGUGCUCUUUCUUGCAUCAGAUGAUUCUGGUUUUGUUAAUGGGUAUGACCUGCUGGUUGAUGGAGGCUGGAUUGACUAAUGAAAUCAAGAUAAGCAUUAAGGAGGCAACCUGCAUGACUCCAAGCCAGUAAAACUAAUGUUUGUGGUUGGAAAGUGAUGGAAAGCAAAGCAUUUGGUUAUAUUGGUGUGAACUAAAAAAGGUCCAAAAAUGUGUGUUUCUAAAAACUUCAAAAAGCCUUCAAUUAUCACCUUGGUUUUCUUGAAUAAAAUGAUCUUCUCUGGUUCGAGCAAA